CAGACUAAAUUUCAGUGGCUAGAAAUCAGAACACAAGACAUAUUCAUGACAUUGUCUUGAAUAUUGAAGAUAUCUUAGAAUCAUCUGAAAAACAAAAACUCAUUUAAAGUGUUUUUAUCACUGAGAAAAGGAGAAAGGAGAAAGAUUUCAUCCAUUAAUUUGAAUUUUACUGCAGAAUCAAGAGAUGGCAUUAUCAGAGAGUGAGUUUGGCAUGAAAGGAAGCAGCAUUAUAAAGGAAUGGAGUGGACAAGUCCAACCAGCCCUCAUCGUUUCCUUCAUUUUUCUCUUCUGCCUUGAGACCUGCCUAUGGAUCCGCAACCUUGCUCACAAGAAAAGGCUGCCAGGGCCCUUUGCAUGGCCGCUAGUGGGCAAUGCCAUGCAACUAGGCCAAAUGCCCCACAUUACCUUCUCCAGGCUUGCAAAGAAGUAUGGCAAUGUCUACCAGAUCCGACUGGGCUGCAAUGACAUAGUCGUGCUGAAUGGUUACACAGCCAUACGACAAGCUCUGAUACAACACAGCAAAGAGUUUGCAGGAAGACCAAACUUCAUCUCCUUUCAAAUUAUAUCAGGUGGGAAAAGCAUGACGUUCAGCAAUUACAGCGAACAGUGGAAGGCACACCGGAGAAUAGCUCAAUCUACUUUGAGGGCGUUCUCAUCUGCAAACAGCCAGACCAAGAAGGCUUUUGAACAACAUAUUGUGGCAGAGGCCAUGGAAAUGGUUCAGAACUUUCUCAGGCUUAGUGCAGAUAGAUGUUAUUUCAAUCCGGCACAUGAAUUUAAAGUCGCUGCUGCUAACGUCAUUUGUGCUCUCUGCUUUGGGAAACGUUACGGGCAUGAUGACCCAGAGUUCAGGGCACUUCUGGGCCGGGUAGAUAAAUUUGGAGAGACAGUGGGUGCUGGGAGCUUAGUAGAUGUCAUGCCUUGGCUUCAGUCUUUCCCGAACCCGGUGCGAAGCGUUUACCAAAAUUUCAAGACUAUCAAUAAGGAGUUCUUUGCUUAUGUGAAAGACAAAGUCGUCCAGCACAGAGACACAUAUGAUCCUGAUGUAACGCGAGAUAUGAGUGAUGCAAUCAUUAGUGUGAUUGAACAUGGAAAGAAUAGCAUGUUAUCUAAAGAAUUUGUGGAGGGAACUGUGACAGAUCUCAUUGGAGCAGGGCAGGACACUGUAUCUACAAUUAUGCAGUGGAUGUUGCUGCUGUUAGUAAAGUACCCAGCUAUGCAGACCAAGCUCCAGGAACAGAUUGAUAAAGUUGUUGGCCGUGAGAGACUGCCCUCAAUGGAGGACAAGAUCAACCUGGUCUACCUGGAUGCUUUCAUCUAUGAGACCAUGCGCUACACCAGCUUUGUGCCUGUCACCAUCCCCCACUCCACCACCACAGAUGUCACCAUUGAGGGCUUCCACAUCCCUAAAGAUACAGUGGUAUUCAUCAACCAGUGGUCUGUGAACCAUGACCCACAGAAGUGGCAGGACCCUCACAUCUUCAAUCCUUCAAGGUUCCUGGAAGAAAAUGGAGCCCUUAACAAGGACCUGACAAACAGUGUAAUGAUCUUCUCCACAGGUAAGAGAAGGUGUAUUGGUGACCAGAUUGCCAAGACAGAGAUCUUCUUGUUCUUAGCCAUUCUGCUUCAUCAGUGCACAUUCAAGAGUAACCCCUCUCAGACUCUUACUAUGGACUGCUCAUAUGGGUUAGUCCUGAAGCCUGUCAAAUUUACAGUUACAGCCGAACUCAGAGGGAAACUCCUUGGCCUUGUGUCACCAGCAUAAAUAAAAGAAUGACUUGCCAGCCAGAUUUUAUGACUCAAAGCAAGCAAAGACUGAUACAUUUUUUAAAAUAUAUUACAUAUAACAGUGAUUAUUAAUAAAGAGGCACUAAAUUCUGGUGUAUAUUUAAUAUUUAAAGAUUAUUCACACAUUUUUCGGCAAGGUGUAUCUUUUAUUAAUGGAGAAAGUAUGUCGUAUAAUCUGGUAGUUAAAAGGAACUAAAACAAUCUCUUCAUGUCUAUAUGGUUAAAAAUUUGUAUAACAUUUUAGUUUGUGUAUUCAUCAUCCUGUGUUGAAAAAAUAUAAGCUAUAUUAAAAAUCUAUCAGCAAGCAGUGCAUUAUUGUCAACAUCAUAUCAACAUUAAAAUAUGUACUUAAGAAUUGUUGAUUUGCAUAAAACUGCCUUGAUAGAUUGAGGUUCCUCUUUUGGUUCCUAUGGUAUGAAGAAAAUACUGUAUAUGUAUAUGAUUUACUCAGCUAUGUAUAAAGACAUAUAUAAAAUGUGGAUUAUGAUUAAUUAUAGCUGUUGUAUUUCGGGUAUUUUAAACGUUAAUGAUCUACUUUAUAUGUAAAGCCAUCUACUGUAUCCAGAUUAAAAGAAUAACUAGCUUGAAAAUGUGUAGAUAGUAAAAAAGUUAUGAACAAAAUCUAGUAAUUACCAUGCAGUAAGUGAGAUUUGGAUCACUAGGAUAACAUGAUUUUUUUUGUGGCUCUCAUGGAGAGUUCCAUAAGAGAUCUUGGCCAAGUGAACUUAUUUACUCUUUUACUUCUAAAUCCUGUUUUUAUGUUUCACCUGUCAUUACAACCGACUCACACUGGUUUCCAGGAAAUUACUCAUAAUGUAAAAUGUUGUAAUAACACUUUUUAAAGUGCUGCUGCAAGCAAUGCCAUUAAUUAUGAAUUGCAUGUAUUGAGAAAAUCCUUCAGCUGUUUUGAAUCCAAGAAAUAAAACUUUAUUUUUGUUUUGUAUUUUUGUGUUGUUUUCCCAUUUCUUUACACUAUUUGAAAAUAAGCUAAUUGUGAUGUGAAUUAAAGAACAAUUUAAAACAA